AUGAAACGGAUGAAGAGGGGAAAAGCGAUAGGGCCAGACGACAUAGCGUGGAAGGCUAUGGGAAGAACGGCAGUAGAGUGGCUAACGGAAGUGUUCAGAAAGAAUUUGGAGACAGAACAUAUGCCAGAUGAAUGGAGAGCUAGCACUCUAAUACCGGCAUUUAAAAAUAAGGGCGACAUCCAGGAUUGUGGAAACAACCGGGGCAUCAAACUUACCUCACACACGCUAAUGAUGUGGGAAAGAAUUAUAGACAAGAGGCUAAGGAACAGAGUGGGGGUAUCGGAGCAGCAAUUCAGCUUCAUGCCCAGCAGAAGUACAACAAAUGCAAUAUUUGCACUCCGUCAAGAGGUGGCAGAGGAAUACAUCAGGCUGCUACAGAUGUAUGAGGGUAGCAAAACACUAGUGAGAUGUGCAACAGGUGACACAGAGGAGUUUGAGGUAACGGUUGGACUGUAUCAAGGCUCAGCGCUUAGCCCUUUCUUGUUUGCAGUUAUUAGUGAUUGUAGGAUGGGAGAUGUACAGAAGCAGGCCCCGUGGGAUAUGUUAUUUACAGACGACGUUAUGGCGAUUGCAGAGGCAAAGGAGGAGGUAGAACAGAGGCUGGAGUUGUGGAGAGAGGCGAUGGAAGUAAGAGGCAGAUGGUGGGUCAGAGAGGGAAGUUACAAAACGGAUAAAGGCAGGCUGGGGACCAUGGAAGAAAAUAACAGUUGUGAUGUGCUCUGUGAAGGGGAGGAUGUACAAAGAGAUGGUGAGGCCGGCGACGAUGUACGGGAUGGAGGUGGUAGCUGUAAUAAAGACGCAGGAAGGAAAGGUUGCGGAAAUAAAAAUGUGAAUAUGGUCACUGGGACUCAGAAGACGGGAGAGAGUCAGAAAUGA